CGACGGUUUUUCGACAUUUCGUGGACGUCGUGUGUCUCAUCUUCUUUCCCUUGGUGGCUUUGGUUGGCUUGAAUGAGGGGUGGUUUUGGCUCCACGACGACGACGACGACGACAUCCACAGCGAUUGACUGGUGAGCUCCUAGCUCAGCCCGAGAUUGGCGACGCUCUUUGGUCCCAGUUCUAUUCGGUCAGCACUCGCAGUCUGUCGCGCAAAACUUCUCUACUAGGGCUCGGUGGACCUUCCGUGUGGUGUGACGGUGUCGCGUGCUAUUCAGCUUCCCAGCAAGCAAACGCGGGGACUCCUUGCAGAACGUUCAGGGGGUGGAGAGGUGGCCCUGAGUGUGUUUUCGGUGGGUGGUUUAAGAAGGAGGUGGUUGUGGUGCCGCGUCUCGCGUGUUUUGGGGGGGCUUUUCAUAUGCUCAUUCAAGGGAACGCAUAGUGUUGUGCCAACAUACAGAUCUUGACGAAAAUUGGGUGUUUGCGGGAAGGGAUAAAGGAACUUCCGGUUGUUCUUAUUUUUUCGGGAUAGUGUUUCGCAGAAGAGUGUUAGGGCAAUUGCGAAGACGAAGCGUUUGGGGUUGCUGUCAUCGAUUUACGGCACUACGAAGAAAUUAGCUGUAUUUUGUGUGGUGAUUGAUAAAAGCAGAGGUUGCAAGGUGAUUGGAGAGAAGAGGCUCCACUAGGAGGAGCGAAGAAGCAUGCUGUGAACUAAAACAGACAUGGAAUCACUUGUGCGGCGGUUUUACGGUUUUCCACAGACAGUGCUUGAAAUGUAAUUAAUUUCGCAAAUUUCGUUCGUGUUCCAGCCCGGUACCAGCUGGGUGCUCACUUGGUAAUCGCUGAAUCCAUCUAGCAAUAAAUGCCGAAUUCCCCGUUUGAAUAGCCUACAUCAAAUUAGCAAACGCAAAGCAAAUUCGAAAAGUGGUGGUUGUGAAAAGUUAUAAGAUUAGUUAACUACGUCCACGUGUGUGUGUGUGCCCGUGUGUUGACCUCGUCGAUGUUCGUUUGUUAAUUAGAGUCCCAAUUAGUGGUCGUUGGAGGUGUGCAAGCGAACAAGAGUCGGAUCAGUUCGCCCGUUGUAUGAUGAAUCCUUCCAAUGACGACCUACCGAAAUACAUGUACUCAGCGGCAGCGGCAGCAGUUUCCUCUUCCUUCUCGUUGGCCUCCAGUUCGGGAAGUGCACACAGCCAAGAGGGUCAUUCUUCCUUCGGAGGAGGCAGCAACUCCACCGGUGGUACUUCGCUGUUCUUCAAUGGAAGUGGCGCGGCACUGGCUUCGGCGGCGGCUAAAGCGGCCGGUUCGUCGACGAUUUUCACAGUCGGAGCUAGUGCAGUUCCUGGCCGUGCGGGUGAUCCUGGAGGACCGGGUGAUCCAACGGGGAAUCACGUAAUCUUCCAGGGCUACAGCACCAGUUCACCGACUUCGUUGGAUAUGACGACCGUCGGAAGCGAUGCAGUUAUGGACGAUUGCUGUGGUGCGGCUGCUGCCAGUGGCGAGUGGCUGGACGUGCUGCUGCUGGUGCUGAAGGCAUCGAUCAUGAUGUUCAUCAUCGUGGCGGCCAUUUUCGGCAACCUGCUCGUCAUCAUAUCGGUUAAGCGACAUAGGAAACUAAGAGUUAUAACAAAUUAUUUUGUGGUAUCGUUGGCCAUGGCAGACAUCAUGGUUGCGAUGAUGGCCAUGACAUUUAAUUUCAGUGUACAAAUUACGGGAAGUUGGAAAUUUGGAUCCUUCAUGUGUGACGUGUGGAACAGUUUGGAUGUGUACUUCUCGACCGCCAGUAUACUGCAUCUGUGCUGUAUUUCGGUGGAUAGGUAUUAUGCGAUAGUGAAACCACUUAAGUAUCCCAUAAGCAUGACUAAGCGAGUCGUGGCCAUAAUGUUACUCAAUACCUGGAUAUCACCAGCACUGUUGUCAUUCGUACCGAUCUUCGCCGGUUGGUACACCACGGACAAGCACAAGGAGGACGUGCUGAACAACCCGGACAGCUGUUUGUUCAUCGUGAACAAACCGUACGCCGUCAUCUCCAGUUCGAUCUCGUUCUUCAUCCCCUGCACGAUCAUGGUGUUCACCUACUUCCAGAUAUUCCGCGAGGCCAACCGACAGGAGAAGCAGUUGGCCAUGCGCCAAGGGACUGCCAUGCUGAUGCACCAGCACAACGCCGGUGGCGGAGGCGUAGGAGGAACCGGAUCGGGAAGUGCCGGAGGAGGGCGUACGAACGGCGAAGCCCUCAGCGGAUCCGGCUCGUCCCGGACGCUCACCAUGCACGAGGUGGAUGCCGAACAGACGCCCACCAAGGAUCGACAUCUGAUCAAAAUGAAACGAGAACAUAAGGCUGCACGAACGCUCGGAAUCAUCAUGGGAACGUUUAUCCUCUGUUGGCUUCCGUUUUUUCUAUGGUACAUAAUCACGUCGCUCUGCGACGAAUGUCCCAAUCCGGACAUCGUGGUGGUCCUAGUUUUCUGGGUCGGCUACUUCAACUCGACGUUGAACCCGCUGAUCUACGCCUACUUCAACCGGGACUUCCGGGAAGCGUUCCGAAACACGCUGGACUGCAUGUUCUGCGCGUGGUGGCGCCGGGAAACGUCCCCGCUGGACAUCAACGUGCGGAGGUCCAGCUUGCGAUACGACUGCCGAGCGAGGAGCGUCUACUCGGAGAACUACCUCCGAUCGACGACGCAGAAUGACCGGCUCAACAGCGAGAUCGGCGAGAGUCUCUAAUGUCUUCUGCCUGCAUCGUCCGGGACGUCUCGGGACACCAUCGGCACUACGGUUAUCAUGCAUCAGAGUCCCCAUCUGUCGUCAUCGAAGCAGGAGGAGUGCAGUGCGGUCUAGAGAGGGAUGGGUGUGUGGAUUGGUGUGAUCGGAGACGUCUUCGGUUCGGUGAGGGCCAAGGCUGAACAAAAUACCAAAAAGUAGAUCAAUACACGAAGCUAGGCUAAGCUAUUUAUUUAUUUUUUUAAUAGUGUAGUUGUGAUAGAACUGUGCGGGUGACAGUGUUGCCACUUAUGUUAGGUGCGUAUCCGUUGUGACUAAUUCAAAUUGGAUAAUAAUAGGUGAACUGGAUGGAAACACUGAUAGAGAAGUGUGAGCGAAUGCGCAGGUAGAGUGCUAGGAAGAGUUUCAAACACUUGGUAGUGUGAUAGCCAACGUUAGUAUCGUAGUAGAUAACUAUACUUGUAGAUUAAAUGAGACAUUCAAUUAUAAUGCCAGGAAAAAUGUACUUCGAUUCGAAGAAAUGGGAGAAAAUGACGUUUGUUCGGUCUACGAGGAUAGAGCAUCGCGAAAGGAAGACAGAUUUCAUCAAUGCAGUGGUUA